AUGAAACUUUAUACAUAUCCGAACAAUCCACGGGCAUACAAAGCGUUGAUCGCUGCGCAGUACUGCGGUGCUGAGGUCCAAGUACCUCCAGACUUCAAGUUUCUGGAAGAUAACCGAAAGCCAGAGUUCCUGCGCCUUAACCCUUUCGGCCAAGUCCCGCUUCUAGAUCUGGGCGACGGCAAAGCAGUGUUCGAGUCAAAUGCGAUAGCGCGCUAUAUUCUUGAGUCUAGUAAUCGUCAGGAUAUGCUGGGAGGUGACGAUGCAGUUCAGCGGGCGCAGGUGGCUGCCUUUGGUGACGUCGCGCUUGGGCGGAUCGACCCGCUGGGUCGGCCACUGGUGUACCCGACAAUCUUCCCUGCAUUCUUCAAGCCGGACAAGACACGAUUUGAAGAAGCGCUGGAGCAAUUCCGUGCCGUUAUCGGCGGGUUUGAGCGCCACCUCACAGACCACACGUUUCUCGUAGGGGAGCGUAUCACACUCGCGGAUAUCACCGUCAGCAUGUCCCUCUUCUGGUUUUUCGAAUACCUUUUGGAUCCCGAACUUCUCAUGGAAUAUCGAGCACUCAAGCGCUGGUUCUACACGUGUAUCGGCCAACCAGAGUUUGUCAAAGUGAUCGGCUCAGAUUUCAAGCCCUGCCUGAAGCGCCCGGACCAUCUGAAAAUGGCGACCAGCACGAAUGCAGACCUUGGAGGCCAUGCGGGAAACCAAGGGCAUGAGUCCAGCGAUCAUGCUGCUGAGGUCACUGAGGAUGACCAAACGGCUCGAAAGCCUAAGAAUGCAUUCGACCUUCUACCCAAAUCCUCCUUCAAUCUUGAAGCAGCGAAGCGGCUUUACUCCAACGCAGACAACACUCGGGAAGUAAUGAACCAGAUCUGGGAUACGAUGUUUGACCCGAGUGGCUACUCGGUCUGGGUUGUGCGAUACCGCUACAACCAUGAGCUCAGCAAGACCUUCAUGUCUGCGAAUCUGCUGAACGGCUGGUUCCAGCGAAUGGAUCACCUUCGCAAGUACCUGUUUGGCUCAAUGAUUGUAUUCGGUACGAGUGGGGAACCCGGAUCUUGUGCAAUUGGAGGGGCAUUCAUUGUACGAGGCACCGGAGAUUCGUUACCAGAACCUCUAACCGAAGUCGAGGACACGGACCUGUACACGUGGACGAAAGCGGAUGUCUUCGGCAAGGAUCGCGAUCUUGUUAAUGAUUUGUUUGCCUGGGAGGGCAAGUUCGAGGGCAUGGGACCUGAUUACGAUGGCAAGCCUGUUGCAACUGGAAAGAACUUCAAGUAA